UGGUGAACGUAGUGGUUGGCUCGACUUGGCUGUGUGUUCGUCAGCGAGGUGUGUAGUGGUGGAGGAGGCGUUGCUGGUCUCCUGGACUCCUACAGGGUAGUGCUCUGCUGACCACCGCCUUAAGAGCUGCUCCUUCUCUUGCGAGGUCUCCCUUUUCCGUUGGCGGACGUCGUAGUUGUUUAUCUUUGGAGAGGCUCUAGUGUGUUUUAAGGAUCUCAUGUUGCAGUGAAUACUUUGAGUAUACUUGAGUGUUUUUGUUGCGAUUACAAAUGUUUAGUCUACUUUCGUGAUUACUAUGAAUUGUGAAAAAUAAUUGCAGAUAUGAUGAUUCUUUAUGUAUGUGAUGGGUUAAAAUGAAGUUUCCUCAACUCUUGAAAUUGAGUGGCCUUCGUGCUCAGGAUGGAGGUGGUAAAGAAGAGUAUGGAAAAAUAGAUGGAAGAGGAGGUUGGGGAGGAGUAAGGUUGAAAAAUGAAGAAAUGGAUGAAGAGGAGGAGGAGGAGGAAGAGGAAGAGAACUUGAAGGAGUUGCUUUUGCCUGUAGGUGUCAUCAAGUACAACUCCCUUCCAUCCCUGUUGGAAAACAAAGUGGGUCUCAGCUACGCCCCCUGUGGUGGCAACCAGUCCACAUUUUCGUGUGUUUCCCGGAGUCAAGUCUGGGGAAAAGUCGACAAGGAUGAACGCCAGAAGGACCCCCCUCUAAGUUCUUUGCCCUCUCAGUUGGAACGUCGGUGCCUUGGAAUCAGUAAAAGUCAAGAUCAGGUGAAAAGGGUAGGGUUAACUGGGGUGCCCAGCGGUCAAGAGGGAAACAAACUCACUCGAGGUCAUAAUGGAAGCGCAAACAACAUCGACGUGGUAGCUCGAUAUGUUAGUAGCUUUGAGGAUUACAUUAAGAACCAUGGCAACGUAGCUGAAGUGCACAGAAACAAAGCCACCUCCCCGUCAAGAACAAAUUUAGAGCAAAAAGUGAAUUUUGGAAACAAGAAAUUAGCGCCUCCCGUUCCCCCCAAACCUCCUAGAAGGCGACAUGUAGAACCUGAAUUGGAAGUAGAUAGUGAUCAUCAGAGUAAUAGCGCCGAUAAAGUGGUCAGUUCUGAUAAGAACUCGUUUUCGAAUCCCUCACCUUGCAACGAUACGAUUCCUUUGCAGAGCGGAGAGGCAGAGUCUGCGAGACCUACGCAUAUUCCACCAAGUCAUGUCAUUAGCGCCCAGUCAGCGUCCGAAGGAGAGCAAGCUGCAUACCCUGCAACAUUUAGCUACUCGGCCCUUGACACAAACAAUCCUGGGGCCGGUGCUAAUGCUAGUCAACAAACAAAUUACCGCCCAAAGACCGCUACAACAAGUACCUUUCAACAUGCCAGGCCGGGCAUAGUUUUUGGACGCUCGGGGACACUUUCUCAGUCAACUAGCAUCUUGCACGAACAAAAAGGCGAAUUAAUUGCACUAGUGCCCAGGUACUUGAAUGAUAACACCAGCCAGUAUUUGAGUGACGUUUCUUAUCACAGUGAUAACAACGCAGGAUUUACAGUUGCUAAGUGCCAGAACAAGAACCCCAACACGCGAACUAUGAGGAAGCACCAGAGCGAACUGUCCUUAGUACAAAGUAAGUUUAGGCCGGAAACGAAUCCACCCGCGGUGAAACGAGUGUCUUUCAAAAGUGACGUCUCUUGCAUAUCCCCAAGUCCCGAAGGUGAUGAUCGUGAUGACAGUGAUGCUGGGUCUUAUGAACGCGUCAAGGAAAUAUUGUCGUCGAACAGUCGUCUCCCGUUCGCACCUAGGCGCCCUUUGCGAUCUGCCAGUGCGUCGGACAUAAGCCUGGCAAUGUCGGGUAACGAGGGUUUUAUGGGCAUCCGAUCCCAGACGCCUUUGCCCAUCGUUCGGGAGAAGUCGAUACUUAAAGAUGAUGACCUGGCGCUCUCCUCGUCGGAUAAGAAGGACGGCACAAAACGAGUGACCCACUUGUCAAAAGUAUUCGAGCACCAAAAGCAUCCAUACGUCUACCCCAAGUUCUCUCAGGUCAUGUCGGUGAGCAACGAGAACGUCAAUUACUCAGCGGAGAAGAGUAAAGAUCAGUUGUACAAGAAGUCCUUCGGAAUCUCCCUCAAUGACAUAUCAGGCGACAAAACGAUAUUCCCCCUCGGCAGGAGGCAGCCCCAUCAAAUCAGUUCCGGCAGCUGGUUCAAAGGACACUCGUCGUCGUCGCCUCCCUUCGCGUCACCAGUCAACGACCCCGGCCCUAAGGCGUCAAAGGACUCGCAAAAGAAAAUAGGUCUGUCGGGCAUCAUCACCACCCCGAGGCUCUCCCGAAGACCCAACGUCGUCGGCCAGACGAGGAACCCUUCUCCUCCUGAAGAGGCCGCGGACAACGCCACAGUUCUCAAGAAGCCGAGUAGGUUCCACCGGCCCCUCAUGCCUAUCACAGUUCCCAGGAUAAAAAGGGGAACCCGCCGACUGUCCUUUAGGAUAUCGGACAGUCCCACGGCGGCGCAUGAAUGUUCCCAGGAUGAUGACUGUGAUGAGGAUGACAAUGACAGAAAAGUGUGUCGUAACUGCAAAUGCCCUCGGGAGGAGCACUGUGGAGGGGAGAUGGCCAACCCAGCGGCCGCCCUAACCGAACUGCCUCACGCCCACAAUCAGCCCCACCACCAGCCAGCCUCCGCCCUCCUCGCAGGACACCCCGACUAAAAAGCCCGGCGUGAGCAUCGGCGGGGUGUUCGGGGGGCGU